AUGGAUUUAGACUUGGAUUUUUUGCAGGACGAAUCCAUCCCUGUCACCAAGAAAAACGUCCUAUCCGUUGCGUGUCAAUUAUACGAUCCCACAGGAUUAGCUGCUCCCCACAUGUUCUCUGUCCGAGCUCUGUUUAGUGAGAUCUGUCGCGAUCCUCAGUGUUCUAACAACUCGAUCCUAUCCGAGGAACGUACUGCUAGGUUCAGAGAUGCGGUGAGAGAGAUCUUACUAACCAGGGAAAUAUUUUUCCCCAGGCAGGUCAUAUUCCAAUACCAGGCUCAACUCUUCAUUUUUUUCGAAGGCUCCCUAGAGGGAUAUGGAGCUUGUGAAUAUGCUCACUCCGGCGAUCAGUUCAAUCUUAUCUCCAGCUCCUCAAAGAUAUUGGGAAAAUCUGCAUUCUCCGCCCCACAAUCUGAAAUGGAAGGAGCUUUACUCGCCUACAGGAUGGAACAAAAGAUCAAGCAGGAGUUGUUCAACGUCUCCCUCUCCCCUCCUACGUUCAUUGGAAACUCAGAGAUCAUCUUAAGGAUGAUCGCUAAAAAUGAUCCAGCUGGAAACCCUGUGUUUCAUGGAGUCAGGUUGAUGGAAAUCCUAGCUGCGUCCUCACCUAAUAACUGGUUCUGGUGUCCUGGAAACCUCAACCCAGCUGACAUGCUCACCAGAUCUGGGACCAGCUGCGCGCAGGUCAACUCAGAAUUCUGGUUGAAAGGUAGUUUCUUACCUCAGGAUAAAUCCUCAUGGCCCAUCAUCCUCUGUUCUUCCAUCACCUCAUGCAAUAUUCCCACCAGGUCGGUCAACCUCGCAAGAUUAGCCCCAGAUAAUCCUUCCCGGGAAUAUAUUUUGAGUCUUCUACAUCAUGAACGGAGCCUCUCCACAGUUAUCCGUGCUCUAAACCUCCUCCACAAAGUUUGCAGAUCCUGGAGAAAUGACCCCAAUCGGGACAGAAUUGUCCGGGGAGAACCUACUGCUACCUGGAGUUCUAUUAAAUCUUCCAUCAUGUCCUCUGUCCUCAAGUGCUUUACCACGGAGUCGGAGCUCAUCAUUGCCAACAACAAGAUGAAACACCUCGUCAUCCAGCAGGUGGACAGGAUGAUCACUGCUCUAAAGAAAUCUUGUCCUGGAUGUAUCAAGCUGAACAAGAUUCCAUUCGCAGCAUUUGAAGCUGAUGUCCCUGACGUCCUCAAAUCUAUCCAACCUCCUUUCUCCUACUGUCAAGCUGACAUCUUUGGACCUGUCUUUGCACACAAAGACGGUAUCAAGAUCAAGAGAUGGAUCCUGGUAAUCCUCUGUCUUUCCAGUCGCGGGGUGCAUCUAGAAAUCCUCCAUAAUUACAGCUCCCAGAGCAUCACCAGAGGAUUCAACAGAACUUUCGCCCUGCGAGGUACACCGCGCAUCAUUUGGAUUGAUGCUGGUCUCAACAUUGUUAAGGCUGGCAAGGACCUGGUUGACACGGAGAUGAAGGUCAUCUCCAACCUCAAACUGAAGUUUACCUCCAUUGAGUUCAGGGUCACUCUACCCAAACAUCAUGCCGGUAUUGGAGCAGUUGAAAGAAUAAUCGGCUCUAUUAAGAACACAGUCAACAAGUCACUCGUCGGCCCUCACCAGUUGACAAUGGACGACGAGGAAUUACUCACCUGGACGCAUGGAGUUAUUGAAAAACUCAACAAUCGACCUCUGAUCCUCGGAGCUCCACUGGGAAUCACCCUCACUCCCAAUCACGUUCUCCAGGGGUUUAGAGAGGGUUUCGGAGACGAAGUCAACCCUGUAGCUCCUAUCAACCAACAGAUCUCUAGGUGGAACGUAGCUCUCAACAUGUUCCACGGGUUAUGGGAGCAGGAAUAUACUCGACGCAGAUUCACUGUCACCUGGAAGAACCAGGGCAACCUCCCCCAGAUCGGAGAUAUAGUCCUGUUCAAAAACAAACCCAUAUACAAGAAUCCCAUUUCUGCAGCUAGAGUGGAACAACUCCUUCGUAGAAAGAAUGGUGACGUCUACGGCGCUACUAUUAGCUACCGCCGUGAAGUAGGAGGGCGGAAGAUAGUGGUAGACAGGCAUCUCAAUCAACUGUUUCCAUUCAUGAACCUGGAAACCCAGAACCCUCAGGAGCCUCACCUCGGACUCAACAGAAGCAAGGAAUUUAGCCCCAGCUCCAAGUUCCAGACCAGAGCCUACACAGGAUGA